AUGGGUUCCACCAGUCAGCGACUGGAUCUGACCUUCAACGGCUUCAAUUGGAGCAGCAACCUCGCCGUGGACGGAUGUAGAUCUCAGGAUCAACCGGACACACAGCGCUGCUGCAGCGCCACCCGCGGCACCACCGACAACUUCUGGAGGGUCGAUUUCGCGGGACUGAUGUCCGUCAAUCGUAUUGUAGUUUACGGAAGGAACGACAUACAAGGUGCGGACCAAUCGGCGGAAUUCAAACUAGCCGUCCGUAACAGCACAGGUGGUACCGAACAAGUCUAUGACAACAAGGGUGUGUCCUAUGGGUCGGGGGUGUUCACUGUGACUCUCGGGGAUAGGGCUUUAUCCGCGGUCAUCAUCACGCGGCCUGAUUUCAACAUCCUCACACUCUGCGAGGUCGAAGUGUAUCUAGUGUGUCCCGACGGGCGGUACAGUGACGAUUGUGUCCCCUGUGGUAACUGUCAAGAUGGCGCUGCGUGCGACAAAGUCACCGGAGCGUGUCUCAGUGGGUGUGCACCGGGCUGGCAGUCAGUCAACUGUGACGUAGUUGCUCCCACUACUACUACAACGACAACAACUACAACAACGACAUCAACAACAACUACAACAACACCGAGGCCGACAAUGCCACCAACAACUGCAACAGUAACCACGCAGUCAACAUCAACGAUGGUGUCAUCCACGAUACAACCGUCCUCAACCACAUCGGUGCCAACAGUAACAACCGCCACAUCAGCAUCAACAUCAGCGCCCAUGCAGACCGGAAGUAGCGCUCUAGUAACCAGUUCAUCGGCGUCAACAGAUACGACCAGAUGGAAUCCCCCUGGUGGUAACACGGCUGCUGUCGGAAGAACGUUGUCAUGGGAACUGCUCGCGCUGUUGUACGCUGCCACCCCCAUGUUCCAUGUGCUGUAAAACCUCAUGAACUGUUAUGGAUAAUGCCAUUUCUCUUAAUCACUAACAAAUUAUCCAUGUGGUCACACUUAUAGUUGAUAUUUUAUAUAUCAUUUGCAUGAUUACAACUGAAUGCGUUAUUUCCCAAAAUGGCAAUACAUUUGUAUUAUAUAGAAGGACUAGUAGGCACAUUCCAUAUGUACUCGUCUUGCGUAUCUUACCUGACCAUUUUUUUCUGCGACAACUGACCAAUUGUGGUCAGUAUUUUCCAUUUUCCAUUUUUCUUCCGAACGGGCAGAUUGUCCUGCCCGAGCAGAUUCGGGACACGAUAUUGAAUGUUGGACAUAUUUGUUCUCAAAGAUCACUUCUGUAUCACCCCAUUUACUGCCCAUAUUCUAAUUUUUAAUUAACCUUUUUUACUUAUAGCGUAACCGCACUGAGUCUCAAAUAUUAUAAAUCUAUGUUUUGUUUUCCAUCUUUUGAGCUCUGUCGUUUCGCCUAUUUCACUGGAAAAUGAAAAAAUAUAACUGCUGGGUCUUCACCGCAGCUUACAAUUAUGGACAAUACUGCCCACAACUGACCAUUUCGGACAACUAACUAAAAACUUACCAUUCUGGUGAAAGUCGGCCCAAAGAACCUCGUCGGUAAAUCUAGUUGUAACUUUUAAGUUUUAGUCAUUUUACUUUUACUCGACCUUUUUAUUUGUAACAUGACCUACAAAGGUGUGCGACAUUCAUCGUAAAUGUUGCGAUAUAUAUCAGUAGUUAAUAUUUUGCGACAUUUAUCGUUAAAGUUGUGACAAAUAUCGUCAGUAGUAUUUGCGACAUUUAUCGUUCCUUGCGACAUUUAUCUUCAACGUUGCGACAAAUCACGUAGCAACGUGUUCAAAACUUUAACGGCCAGUUAGUUCAGACCCAAUAAUAAAUUUAAAAGCAAUAUUAUUGUCAAUACAUGUAUUUUUAAAUAAUUCCAGCAAAUACAUUUGCUUACAAUUAAAAUAUAUUGACGGGUUAACAAUUUAAUCACAUUGAUACAUUGAUGGAACAAUCAACGGCUGUUAGAUAAAAUGGCCGUUGAUAUUUUUCACAAUCAGUCCCUGCAUUGGG